UAUGACUGACAUAAGGACGGAUGCUCUUGCCAAGUCAACGGCUGGUCUUGGUGUUAGUGAGGCACAAUUAGAGAGGGAAAGGAUGGCUAUGAAUGAAAAAAACACUGCAUACAGGCCAAACUUUUUUAAUGAUGAAGAGAGUAGAAAUGUCCUUAAAUCUAUUAGCAGAACAUUCAAGAAGUUUGAAUUAGCUAAAAGAUUAAUAAUGAGUGAAGGAGAAAGAAUGAAAAGAUAUGCAAAUGAUCGGUUACUUUUAUCCUCAGAUAUUUGCACAUAUUCCAAGAUUUUAGAUGGACUGAUAAUGAAGGAAGAAAAUUUACUAGACAAGCAGGGCUUGUCCUUCGAUUACAUAGAAUUUUUAGAUGAAAUGGGAAAGGAUCAAAUACAUAAUCCAAUGAUGCAAGGCAGAAUGUUUAUAACAAACUUCCGUUUUAUACUAAUUACUUGCGAGCAAUUAAAAGGAACGAUUCUAUCAAGGUCUAACACUUCAAAAGCUAGAAGAGAAAUUUACGAAAUAUCGUCUUAUUUAAACGACGAAGUUCACUAUAAAAGUAUAACUUUAGAUGAAAUUGCUGACAUAGAAAUUCAUUCGAGAACGGGAGGUAGAGCCGAAACUGAAUUAAGGUCGAAAAAGAGACACUUCCGACCGUGGAAGAGUAAAGAGAAAUGGGGAUAUUGGAAAACUGCUAGAGAGGGUGUUGAAUAUUCUGAGAAAGUUUUAGUAAUAUCCUCUAAUUUAAGGCCGUUUGAUGAAAGAUGUCUUAUAAAUAUUCAUGUUGAUGAGAAUAUGGAUAUAGGGAAAUUAGCAUCCUAUGCAGCUUUCCUGCAAAGAAACUGUCUAAGAUUAAGCGAAAUGAUACCGAGAAUGAUGAGCAACGAAGAGGUAGAUGAUUUCAAAAAAAUGUAUGAUACUUUACCCCUUAUUAAAAAAGAGGAAAAGAAAGAAAACACGGAGGAAGAAAAGCGUAAUAGUAGUGAAAGUUUAAACUCUAUGGAACCGGAACAAUCAAACGAAAGAGAAGAUGAAGAAACUGAUAGAGAAAAUAAUAAUGUCGAAUACGUUGCACGCGAACCAAAGAAAGUGGAAUCAUCAAAAAUAACCGAUUCAAUUACAAAAGAAGGCAAUGAAGCAAAUAACGAACAUUUUUCCAAUAUAGCAAAUGUAGCACAAGAUAACUUAAGAUUUAUUAUUCGUAACAAAGGAAAGUAG